AUGGGCGACCCCUCCCUGCAAGGCCGCAAGGUCUUCAAGGUCUUCAACCAAGACUUCAUCGUCGACGAGCGAUACACCGUCACAAAGGAGCUAGGGCAGGGUGCUUACGGUAUUGUCUGCGCCGCGACCAACAACCAGACGGGCGAGGGCGUUGCGAUCAAGAAGAUCACCAAUGUCUUCAGCAAGAAGAUCCUCGCCAAGCGGGCCUUGCGCGAGAUCAAGUUGCUGCAGCACUUCAGAGGGCACAGGAACAUUACCUGUCUCUACGAUAUGGACAUCCCGCGGCCGGACAACUUCAAUGAGACGUACUUGUAUGAAGAACUCAUGGAGUGCGAUCUUGCUGCCAUCAUUCGCUCCGGCCAGCCUCUCACCGAUGCCCACUUCCAGUCCUUCAUCUACCAGAUCCUCUGCGGUCUCAAGUACAUCCACAGCGCCAACGUGCUCCACCGUGACCUGAAGCCGGGCAAUCUUCUCGUCAAUGCCGAUUGCGAGCUCAAGAUUGCUGACUUUGGUCUUGCAAGAGGUUUCAGUGUGGAUCCUGAGGAGAAUGCAGGUUACAUGACGGAGUAUGUUGCGACGAGAUGGUACCGAGCGCCAGAGAUUAUGCUCAGUUUCCAGAGCUACACCAAAGCCAUCGACGUGUGGUCCGUGGGAUGCAUUCUCGCUGAGCUGCUCGGAAGCAAACCUUUCUUCAAGGGCCGUGACUACGUUGAUCAGCUCAACCAGAUCUUGCACUACCUUGGAACACCAUCCGAAUCGACACUCUCGCGCAUUGGAUCGCCGCGUGCCCAGGAAUACGUUCGCAACUUGCCAUACAUGUCCAAGAUUCCAUUCCAACAGCUCUUCCCACGCGCAAACCCAGACGCACUUGACCUGCUCGACCGCAUGCUCGCGUUUGACCCGAGCCAGCGUAUCGGGGUUGAGGAGGCUCUGGAGCACCGCUACCUCGCAAUCUGGCACGACGCCUCGGACGAGCCACCUUGCCCUACGACAUUCGACUUCGGCUUUGAGGUCGUGGAUGAGGUGCCAGAGAUGCGACAGCUGAUCCUCAACGAAGUCCGGCAAUUCCGUCACUCUGUGCGUGCACCUCAGUCAAUGCCGUACUCUCAACAACAAAUAGCGAAUCAGACGCAAGUGCCUAUCCCAGAGGGCUAUGACCCACGUGCGUACGAAGACCCGAGACCGCAGGAGAUGAUACAGCGUGGUCAGGGCUUGGAAGGCGAGUUGGCUGGUGGGCUGGAUGCGAACAUGCGAUAG